AUGAAACCUGAAGAAAAAAAAAAAUAUAAAAAUCUCUUUAUUCAAAAAAAUGCAACAGGAGCAAUCCGUCAAAAUAAGAAAAAACAGCGUAUGUCUUUUAAAAUAUCUUUAAAUAAUCCAUAUAUUAUUCAAUGGCCCCAAAUAGAUGAAAAAGAUAAAGAAAUAAUACUUAAAAAAAUUUUAAGUUUAUUUUUAUUUUUUUCAAAUCAUAAAAAAAAAGAUGAAAUAUCAGAAAAAAAAGACAACAAAGAUACAGAAAAAAACCUCUCAGAUACUCAAAACAGUAACAAAAGUACAGAAAUAACUAAUAAAAAUAUUUUUUCCCAACAUCAAAUAAAUAAAAAAAAACUUAUAGCAAAAUAUAUGACUUUGGGUAUUAAUGAAACUACAAAGCGACUAGAAAUGUAUUCAAAACUAGGAAUGCCAUCGUCGGCACCUCCUUAUCUUAAAAUUCAAGAAAAAGAUGAAAAAUAUACUUCAUUGUUAAAAAACAACAAAUUAGUAGACACUCUUAAAGUGAUUUUUGUUUGCUGCGAAGAUAUUCAUUCCAGCAUCUUAUAUUCACAUUUUCCAAUAUUAUGCGGUGUUGUUAAUGAAAUUUUCUUAAAAAUAGAAACACCCAAUAACAAUUCUCAACCAGGUAUCCGAUUAGUAGCACUUCCAAAGGGUUCUGAGCAACAACUUUCUAAAGCAGCAGGAUUGAAAAGAUUAGCAGCAAUAGGAAUAAUGGAGAACACACCUCAUAGUGAAGAAAUAAUUAACUACAUUUUCAAAAAAAUACCACCUGUUUAUAUACCAUGGCUAGCAAAUCCUACAUCAUUUCAGGCUACUUCAAUUAUACAGGCCCCAUAUAAGCAAUAA